UCAUUGAAAGUUUUACAAUUUUAAAUUGGUGCACGUGUAGCAACAUAUGAACUAUAUAGUUUUGCUUGCAAAGGACAUUGAAGGAUUUUAGAGUUCGAAUCGUAAAAAGGUCUCUUCAACAGAAAAGUUGAUCCGAUUUCAUAAUUAAACGUUCCGGCAGUCAUGAACCACGACAUGAAUCAAAAUAACAACGCAAAUCAAAGAAAUUCAAAUAACUCCUCUUAUUGGUCUUCUAGAAGCAUGGAAAAACCGAAUAACUGGCAGGCUUCGAAAAAUCAGUGCACUCUAUCGAAACAGGAACAGGACAAUCGAUCAAAACAACUGAAUCCUAACAAUGAGGCCUACUAUAGUAGUCGUGGUGAAAAAUGAUGCAUUUAUGUUUUCUCAGAAAUAUUUAUCAGCUGAUCCAUCUUAUUUUGAGUUUUCCUGCUAUUAUGAUAUUCUCAAAAUAACUAAAAUAAACUUUUCCUAUUAUCAUUUUAUAACCACUUAGCCUAUAAAUAUUUCAAAGUUAUACUCUAUAACUGUUUUCUAGUACUUGCUCAAGUCAUUAUACAGGGUGAAUCUGAAAGUGAGAUAUUUUAUUUAACAGGGUAUAUAUUAUCUGGCCAAACGUUGUUUUGCCAAAAAUUGUUUAGGCAAAACAUGUAAGAUAACGGAGGUACAUGCAUUUUGAGUUUUUGUACAUUAAAAAUCUAAUUUUAUUGAUCUAAGAUUUAUAAGAGAAAUUAUGAUAAAAAUGCGCAUAUACUGUUGCUCGGCGAAUCCAAGACUCAGUGGUACAAGCUUCUAAAAUAAAAUCUUCGCGUCCUCGAAUUGUUUCACUCGCAUUUUACUACUACUACUACUUUCACAACCACCCUCUAUAAUUCAGCUAUUUGCAUAAAAUAUUGUCAUCACGAAUUAUCAACUUCCUCACCAAGUUUUACGGGAUUCCAAUCAUUCGAUGAAUAUUGUAAUGGAUAUCACCUUGUGUGAUAAGGGGUUGUCAAGUGACAUAGGGGAUGAAUGAUGAGUAUGUCGGUGCCGUCGGUGGUCGAGAGUUCAAUAAUAGUUAUUUAUGUAAUGAGGAUCAUAAAGACGAUUAUUAUGGUACAAGUCGUGAAUGUUAUCGGGCGAGGCGUAGCCUAGUAGUAGUAGUAGUAGUAGUUUUGUACAUAGUUAUGCAUUUUGAAUAAACUUUUUUGAUCAA